UGCUUAUUCUAAUCAUCAGUCUCUCCACAAUACUGAAACCUGCAGUAGCCUGUGAAGACGUGGCAGCAUGUCUGAUGGUGUUCUCAUGUGCUUUAAGAGUCUAAUUGCAGAAGGGAAUUGGAACCGGGUCUCGUUGUGCUAGGAAGGACUCUUCCUUAUCAGGAGAGGAUGCAAGUGUUAUUUAUUUAGCACAACAAGGACCCUGCUGGAAAGUUAAUCUAUAAUACGAACUUGGAAAGGUUUAUUAUCUAAAGCCUUGCAUUUAGCCAAAGAAGGAUAUUGUUAAAAAGAAAGAUACAUCGCUUAUUGAAGACACUGUGCUAAUUUCUCAAAAAAGUUAGAAAAAAACAUUUUUGGCAAACCCAUGGCAGUGAAGAUACUCAUUAACAUGGACUUUGCAUGAGGAGAAGCAGGCGAGUCCAUCUCACUACGUGCUCAACUGAGAACUGUUUGUGAUGUUCUGAAAAGGGAACGUGCCUCUUGCCACUUUUCGGUCAGUGCGUCACUCUCUUCGUGUGGUAUAUAAAGCAUAGUGGUUAGAGCUGAUUACGAACAAAGCAAAGAAAGUAAAGAUGAAGACCUACGUGGCUGUGUUGACGUUCUCCCUCCUUUACCUUAGUCUAGCUGAGGAUCAUCCGUCUCCUAUUGCAUCAGACAGCAGUAACCACCUGCCACCAGACAGCAGUAACCACCUGCCACCAGACAGCAGUUACCACCUGCCACCAGACAGCAGUAACCACCUGCCACCAGACAGCAGUAACCACCUGCCACCAGACAGCAGUAACCACCUGCCACCAGACAGCAGUAGCCACCUGCCACCAGCCAAGGAGGAAAACUGCCAAUGUUUUGCCAUUUUAAGGAAACUAAAGUCAAAACUGAGAAACACUGAGAAGCAAUUAGAGAAUCUGAAGGUGGAAGUCCAAGGUAAUCGGGUGGCGUUUGGAGCAUCAAUGGGAAAUAGUGGACCGUCUAACGUUGACAUGACACUGACCUACAAUAAUGUCUUCUUAAACACAGGCGCAUUCAAUCCUGCAACAGGUAUUUUCACUGCUCCAGUGAAAGGAGUAUAUUACUUCAGCUUCACUGGCCAUAAUAAAUCAUCCAAAAACAUGCAGCUGAUGAAGAACGGAGAGCGUGUGGUUUUUGUGAGCAACUACGCAGCUGGAGGCCGCCACAAGAGAUCAACCAAUGCAAUGACUCUACAGCUUGAAGUGGGAGACCAGGUGUACAUACAACUCCGUCCAAAUACCCGGUUUUAUGAUAGCAAAUCUAACCUCGGAAUGUUCAAUGGUCAUUUAGAAUCCCCUGUGUAAUGAUAGUGGUUGCUAUUUGACCUGAUGUCAGUAAGCUCCACAUUUUGUUACAUUUAACUAAAUUCCGGAAAAACAUCGGCUUAUAAGAGAUAAAUCACUGUGAUGUGGGUACAUUGAAAACUGUACACCAUUUAUAUGUGUUAUGUUUGCCAUAAGGCGUUAAUCAUUAAUAAAAUGACACAAGUUUGAAAACUGCA